AUGACCCCACUUCCUGUACAUAAUGAGACCGUUCAGAGCAUUGACAAUCUUGCUGUCGUCCGCGCACUAUACAUCAAACGACGCUGAAUAAAUAAAGAACAGCCGCAAAGAAACAAGCACGAAUCCUGGAGCUAGAAUCGCAAUCAUGGAGGGCGUAAGAGACAAGCUUGCACAAGCAGCAGAAAAGCUUCACAUUGGUGGGGGUCAAGAGGCCGCGGCCGAGCCCAGCCCUGAUGCGGCGAAGAUCUACGUGGACGAGUCCGCUGGGUCGGACGACUCUGGCGAUGGGUCCAAAGCAAAGCCUUACAAAACGAGCCUCGCGGCCAUGCUGGCCAAGGGUCAGAACAUCUCCCUGUUCAUCAAGAAAGCAGGAGAGCUAGACGAGAAGGACAAGGCAAGCGCCGACGAGGAUGGCUACGUCCCCAUUAGCGCGACUGGCCAGAAGCGCGUCAAGAAGCUUCACGAGGCUGCUGUCAAGAAGCAAAAGAAGCUGGAAGAAGCAGCGGCCAAGGAGAAGGACAAAGCUAACGCCGAGAGCAAGAAGCUGGAGGAGAGCAAAGGCGUCACACUCGGGGAGGACAGCAAGGAUGCCAGGAAGAUCAAGAUUCACCAGGGUGCAGAACAUCGGGAUAAGAGGGUCAAGAUCUUUGGCUGGGUGCACCGGCUACGACAACAAAAGGACAUGCACUUUAUCGUCCUGCGAGAUGGCACCGGCUUCCUGCAGUGCAUUUUGCAAGGCCAAGUCGCUCAGACCUACGAUGCUCUGACACUUACCCUUGAAAGCUCAGUUGAGCUUCGCGGCACGUUGAAGAAGGUGCCCGAGGGCAAAGAGGCUCCAGGCGGACACGAACUCGUCGUAGACUGGUGGGAGUGCCUUGGCAAGGCUCCAGGUGGUGACGAGGCUAUUUCGAACCUGAUUGCAGAGGAUAUGGAGCCAUCGCUGCUUGCAGAUCGCCGACACCUUGCGAUUCGUGGCCAGACCGCAUCUGCAGUCCUCAAGGUCCGCUCUGGCGUCCUGAAAGCAUUCCGAUCGACGUUCGACAAGCUGGGUCUUACAGAAGUCACACCCCCUUGUAUGGUGCAGACCUCCGUAGAGGGCGGCUCGACGCUGUUCAGCUUCGACUACUACGGGCAGCAAGCUUAUCUCACCCAGUCCUCGCAGCUUUACCUCGAGACUGUCCUGCCUAGCUUGGGAGACUGCUUCUGUGUUCAGGAAUCUUUCCGCGCAGAAAAGAGUCACACCAGAAGGCACCUCAGUGAAUACACCCACAUCGAGGGGGAGUUGGCGUUCAUCAACUUUGAGGAACUCUUGGAGCACAUCGAGGAGCUUAUCUGUGGGACAAUCGAGCGACUGCUGGCCGACACGGAGAUGAAGAUGCUGGUCGAGCAGCUCAACCCAGGUUUUCAGCCUCCGACGCGCCCGUUCAAGCGCAUGGACUACAAGGCUGCUAUUCAGUGGCUGAACGACCACGGCAUCACGAACGAGGACGGCGAGCCGCACAAGAUCGGCGACGACAUUGCCGAGGCGGCCGAGCGUAAGAUGACCGAUGCGCUCAACGUGCCCAUCUUCCUGUGCGGGUUCCCGCGCGAGAUCAAGGCUUUCUACAUGAAGCGUAUCAAGGGCAACGAGGAGUUCACCGAGUCUGUCGACGUGCUCAUGCCCGGUGUAGGAGAGAUCGUGGGUGGAUCGAUGAGGAUGUCCGAUGCAAAGGAGCUGCUUGAAGCAUACAAGACCGAGGGCAUCCCUUCCGACCCGUACUACUGGUACACAGACCAGCGCAAGUACGGAACAUGCGAGCACGGAGGAUACGGCAUGGGUCUUGAGCGCUUCCUCGCUUGGCUCACCAACAGGUGGACUGUCCGCGAAUGCUCGCUCUAUCCUCGCUGGACGGGACGUGCUACCCCAUGAUGUGGACCCGCCAGCAUGUAUUUUGACAACUCCUGAACAGCGUUGCGUUCGGAGCACACAUAAGAUCUCGAAUGCACCUGAUGAUAAAUGGG